AUGGCUUCUUCAACAACGAUACUUUUCAUACCUGGCGCGUGGCACAGCCCUCAAUGUUUCGACAAAGUCAUUAGAAAGCUAGAGACUCACGGAUACAAUACCGACGUCGUUUACUUGCCCUCGGUGGGCCCUGUUAUACCCCAUUCAGAUUUUUCUGAAGAUGUGAAUCAGGUCAAGAAGCAAAUCGAGAUUGCUGCCGAUGCUGGGCAAAGAGUGGUGGUCGUGGUGCACUCAUACGGUGGCAUUCCAGGCUGUGAGGCAAUCCGCGGCUUAGACUGGGAGACUCGUCAACGCCAGGGUCAACCAGGUGGAGUGGUUCACCUUUUCUUCUGCUGUUCAUUUAUCGUCCCCGAGGGAAAAUCUUUGAUCAGUUCUUUUGGUGGAGAUGACCUUCCCUGGUUCCAAGUCUCGGAUGAUCGUCUCCUUGUGACCCCGGCUACCCCUAAGGAAACUUUCUACAACGAUAUGAAUGAGAUUGACGCAAAGAGGGCUGCUGAGACAUUGGAACCGCAUAGUUAUCAGACAUUUCACAGCAACAUUACUUUUGAGGCUUGGAGACAUGUGCCUUCCACGUACCUGUACUGCCUGAAGGAUGAGGCGAUCCCACUUCCAGUACAGAAAAUGAUGGUGGAGGAGGUCGCUAAAGGGGUCAACAUCCAGACCGAUGUUGUGGAUGCAUCGCACAGUCCUUUCUAUACAGCGCCAGACCAUAUGGCAGCUGCUAUCAAAAAGGCUGCCAGUUAG